GAUCCAUGAACCGGCUCCAAUGUGUUAAAUAAUUAUACAUACAUAUGUACAUAAUUGUUGAAUUACAUACCUAUACAUAAUACAUGUGCAUUUAUAUUAUUAAAAAAUAAAAAACUACUGAUAAAAAAAACAGUAUAUUAAUUAAAACGCAAAUAGAUAACGUACAUUCUUAUCAGAAUAAAAUAUAACCAAAAAAUUUUCAUCAAUAAAAAUCUUGUUUAAAUUUUUGUAUAAAAAAUCAAAUUAAAACCGGUGAAAAAUGUCGGCUUUUUUAUCAACAAAAUUACUUAAAUCUGCAAGAAUUCUUAAUAAAAAUUCACACAUUAGUGUGUUAUCAAAUAGAUAUCUUAAUUUACUUGAAUAUCAGAGUAAAGAAUUGCUAAAAGACAGCGGUGUGUCAGUACAAAAUUUCACAAUAAUUGAUGACAUGAAAAAAGCCAAUACAGCCUUGGAAAAAUUUCGUGUUGAUGAGUAUGUUAUAAAAGCCCAAGUAUUAGCUGGUGGACGUGGUAAAGGAUGGUUUGACAAUGGCUUCAAAGGUGGUGUUCAUCUAACAAAAGAUCCUAAAAAAGUAUUGGACAUAACAAAACAAAUGUUGGGUCAUCGUUUGAUAACAAAACAAACUCAAAAAGAUGGUAUACUUGUACAAAAAAUAAUGGUUGCUGAAUCAGUUGACAUAAAACGUGAAACAUAUGUUUGUAUAUUGAUGGAUCGUAGUUAUAAUGGACCAGUAUUAAUAGCAUCACCAGCUGGUGGUAUGGAUAUCGAAACAGUUGCUGAUAAAACACCAGAAUUAAUUAAAAAAAUACCACUUGAUAUUUAUAAUGGUAUUGAUGAUAGUAUAGCUAAUGAAGUUGCUGAAUUUAUUGGCUUUAAAGAUGAUAAUAUAAAAGAAAAAGCAAUUUAUGAAUUGAAAAAUUUAUGGAAAUUAUUUGUUGAUAUUGAUGCAUUACAAAUUGAAAUAAAUCCACUUGUUGAAACAGCUAAUAAACAAGUUGUUUCUGUUGAUGCUAAAAUAUCAUUUGAUGACAAUGCUGAAUUUCGUCAAAAAGAUAUAUUUCAACUUGAAGAUGUUACUGAAAAAGAUCCACGUGAAGUUGAUGCAUCUAAAUUUCAUUUGAAUUACAUCAGCAUGAAUGGAAAUAUUGGAUGUUUAGUUAAUGGUGCUGGUUUGGCAAUGGCAACAAUGGACAUAAUCAAAAUGAAUGGAGGUGAACCAGCAAAUUUUCUAGAUGUUGGUGGUAGUGUUACUGAGGAUCAAGUAUUCCAAGCUUUUCGUAUUGUUGCUGAAGAUCCAAAAGCAAAAGCAAUAUUUGUAAAUAUAUUUGGUGGAAUUGUAAAUUGUGCAACAAUUGCUAAAGGUAUGGUAAGUGCUGCUGAAAAAUUGGGAAUAAAUAAACCAGUUAUUGUUAGACUUCAAGGAACAAAUAUGGAUGAAGCAAGAAAUAUAUUAAAAAAAUCAGGUUUAUCAUUUACCAUGGAAAAUGAUCUUGAUGAAGCUGCCAAAAAAGUUGUUAAAUCAAUUAAUUAAUAAAUACUAGGGCUAUUAUUAUGACAAUCAUUUAAAUGUCAAAUUAAUAUUAAGUAAGUUUACGACAACUUUUUAUUGGCACAAUUAAUUGUUACAUGUUUAUUACUAUAUACAUUUUUUUUUCUUAUUUUAUUUCUUAAAUAAAAUUCCAAACAAAUACGUGGUAAUUAAAAAAUUUACCUGUUAUAAAUAUUUUACCUUUUUUUAAAAAACCAAAUAUAGAUAUAAAUUCCCUCAUGAUUACAGUGUCAAUUAAAGGAUUUUUGGCCUCACCUAGUUUUAUUUAACUUGGAUUGAACAAAUGGUCCCAAGAUAAAAUAAAAAAAAAUUUUUAUAAAGAAAAUAAAUGAUGACUCGUUCUAUAUUUCGUAAUAAUGUUUACGUUUGGAAGUUUGAAGGCCACGGAUUACUCUCAGCAUAAAUAGAACACACGUAUAUAUCAUUUUAAUAUGUGAAAAAAGAAAAAUGAUACUUUAAAAAUAGUUUGUUGUUAUUUAAAAUGUUAUUUGUAAUUAAUUUUUAUAUUGUAUAUUAUUUUUGAUAAUUUGUUAAUCAAGUUAUUUUAUUUUUUUCAAGAUAAAUUAGUUGUUUUAUUUUAAAGACAAGAUGUUAAAUAAGAAAUCAGUAGCCCAGUAUGGUCAACACUUGACUUGUUAAAACCAUUCAAAGGUAGAAAGAAAAAAAAUAUAUAAAAAUUUUUUUUUAGUUAAAUGUGUAAGUAUGUGUGUAACGAGAGUACGAUCAAGACUUCCAUAUACGGUUCGACAUUUGAGACUUGCUAUUGAAGGUAAAAUUCAUGUGGUUUACAUUUUUUUUAAAAAAUUAUUUCUUUAAUUUUAAUGGGUUAUCAGGUCAAUUGAUUCAAAAAAAAAAUCAUCAAUAAUUUUUCUAUUUGAUAUAUUUUUAUCAUGUUUUAAAAAAUAAUAAAAAAAAAAAUUAAAAAUUUGUUUUUUCUAUUUUUAUAAUUAAUUUAUUUUAUCUAUUUUAGUUUUUUUUUUUAAUUGAAAAUAAUAUCAUAUAUUUGUAUGAUAAGAAUUGGUUUAUUUUAUAAGAUUUUUUUUAUAUUUAAAAAUUAUUUUGUUGGUUUUAUAUAUAGACUUGAUACGUGUGUGUUAUUUUUCUCCUACAUUUUUUUUUUCUUAAGAUUAUCAAAAGUCAAAUGCUUUUAAAUUAGUAUGUGUAUAUAGUUUUUUUUGGGGUAAAAUAAGCAGUGGGAGAAAUUACGACGAUGCGGGGUGUCACACAUAAGAAAUGUAAAGCAUCGAAUAAACUAUUCUUGGAGGGACUUACUCACACUCAAAUCAGCUUUUGACUUUGCAUCUUCAGAAAGUGUUAACAGCCACUUGAGAGCUGGACACCGGAUCGAUAUUUAUUUCAAUUUUAUCAGAAAAAAAAAAAACUAAAAGUAGAUUUUUACAAAAGAUCCAGAGAAUUUCGUGUAUGCGAAUGAAAUAAAUUUUUAGAAAAUAAA